AUGGUCCGUGUCACCGAGGAGCUGGCACUCUCGCCAGAGCAGAACACCCUCUACUACGCCAAUGAUCCUCUCCUAGGACAUCUGCCCGUCUUGGUCUUCCACGGCCCGUCGACGACAGCAAACUACACUCUCAACAGCUCGCGGGUGCAGAUCCACGUGUACAGCCCGGCCGGCUUUGCUUCUUUCCCCCGAAUCACCACCUCACCAACGUCUCCGUUCUACAGUGUUGUCGGUCAUCUGCCACGAGAAUUCCAAGGCGACGAGAUAUGCCGAGGGUUGGCCUUUGGCUUGUUCAAAUACUUCACAGAGCUACCUGAGGCCGUCAAGAACCAUGUGAGGAAUCAGUAUCCCACGACUCGUGGGCGGCGGCCUGGCUCCGCGCCGGCGCUCUUUGGCGAACAACAUGCGGCGGACCUCGCGAAAUCGAUGACAAAGUCUGAUCUCACGGUCCAGACCGUCCAGGUGCUGCAGGCAGCACUCCAAACGCAGCACAUCAGCAAUGUUGACAUCGACUUGGUUCUGCCUCCGGGUGCUAUCAUCCCCUUGCAGCCGGAGGAUCUUGAAGAGGUCCCCGAGGAUGAGGAUGACAUUCUUGACCCGACCUUGCGCCAGUACGGCAUGUACACGCCCCUGGUCAAGCUCUUUGGGGAGCCGAUAUUCCUUCCGACGUCAAAGCUCCGCAGAGCGCCCUCGCGGCCUACUUCGAUCAACCGGAGCAAAUCCUUCACCCGAGACCAGAAAGUGGAGCUCCGGAUGAAGAUGGGAGAGUUGGUGGACACCGAAGAGCGUUAUGUACUCAAGCUCAACGAGCUCGUGAAGCACAUCGCGGACGACUUCCGUCAAAAGGCCAAGAGCCGCUCGGCAGGAAGCAUAAGCCCUACCGAGGAUGAAAUCGAACGGCUGUUUCCGCAGUCUGCUGAUCGAAUCCUCCAGAUCAACUCGGCAUUCGUCCGGGAGCUGCGCAAGGUCAUGGACGAGACCGAGCAAGACGCGGUCAAGGAUUGGGACAGCUCAGUCCCGUCAUCACGCCUGGGAGGUUCUGCCAAAGUCAAGGACCCUAGUGGGGCCCUUGCCAUGGCCAGAGUCUUCCUCGACUGGUUUCCCAGAUUCACUGAUUGCUACCAAGACUACAUCCGAGCGAGUCAGAACUUCCCACAGCUGCUGAACCAGUUCCUGGACAAGCAGUCAAGCUUCCGAGCGCGCGUGGUACAGACAGGCGAGCAAGCUCUCCGUUCCAUCCUGAUUGAGCCUGUUCAGCGUCUUCCUCGAUACAGUCUAUUCAUCGACCAGAUCGUCGGGUGUCUGCCUAUUACCCACCCCGCCCUCCAGCUUAUGCUCAAGGCCCGCGAUAUCAUCACCAACAUUUGCUCCAUGGAUGAGCCUCUGCAAGAUAAGCCACAUGUCGCAAGCCGCCUGCGCAAUAUGAUUGAAUGCUGGCCAGUCGAUCUUGAGCCGCGAGGAAGGCUGGUCUUUGCUGUUGAUUACGUCGAGCUUGCAGCACUCUAUGAUUCCUCGCCGCACAACCUCGAUAUGCAGGACAGGGCAGGGAUGUUCCUGGUCUUCAGCGACUGUAUCAUCAUGGUCAAGAAGAAGGGAGGUACCACGCUGACAAGCCGGGACCUGCUUCGAGAAGUAGACAAGCCUUCGCCGGCUGGAUUGCUCGCUUCAAUGACCAACGCAGCAGGCGGGCAAGGUACUUACGAAUUUGCCUUCACAGGAUGGCACGAUCUCGCUGAUGUCCGUUUCACCGAAUCUGUUAAUGGCAGACUUGUUUGGAUGACAUCUACCAAAGAAUUGCGAGGCUCGCAUGCAAGCGAGUAUGCCACGAGCAAGGCGGUGACCUCUAGAUGUUUUGUACUUCAAGAGUCAUUCGAUUCGAAGGCUUCCAAGUACACAGAAGAAAUCGUCAAGGCUCGCAUCGAAGGCCGGUUUUCAGAAACCGAGCGAGAGGACCCGACCUGGACUCUCCGAUCGGUGAGGAUGCCUGAUAACAACUUUGGUCUCCACGCCGCCAUCUUCCAAGAAGCCGCGGAGCAGCUCGUCGAAGGGCGUAAGGAGCCCGCUGCUAUUCGCGUGGUCUUGGACAACGAGAAGGGGACCAAGGGCGCGCCCGUUGGGCAUUAUGGUGUCGAGAUCGUCGUCGAGGUGCGGACUCGGGAUAUGAAGCGACUCACUAUGAACACACUGGGUCUGAAUGGGAAGAAAUAUACCGAUGACGUAGCACUGGAGGACUUCCUGCCGACACUGUCUCGACGUGUCGUCCAACUCCUCAGCCAUCAGUGUAACUGCUCAAAUUACCAGCUGGCCCCGGCUUUGGUGUCUUAUUAUACGAAGGUACUUCGGGGACUGAGCUUCACUGCGACUAGGCCAGAGCGAGCCAGAUCAUUCCUGUCCACCUCGCCUGUGAAGCUUCUGUCCAGUUUCCUUGGUGGCACUUCAACGCCAAUCGAGAGCACCAGCCCACAGAGGCAGAAGGCAUCGGUCGCAAACGCCCCACCGCUGCCACCGAAGCCGCCGUCACGUUCAAGCAGCCGGCAGGAUGUUGUCUCACUGAAUGGCUCGGUCCGGGAUCGAAACCAAGGUCAAGUGGGGGGGGAUGACGAGAGACCCGAGAAUCCGCUUGUUCGACUCGAGCAAACAUUCACAGGAUAUGUGGCAGCGCUGCAGUCGCGCAAAGGGCAAUUUGUCGGUAGAAUCCUGAUGAACCGGUCGGUGGUCGAUGAAUUGUCAGUCAAUGAUCUCUACAACAAGUUGAUCGAGAGUCCUUUUGAUUGGGAGACUUCGGCUGAGCUGGGUGCCGAGGUCAUAUUCGCAGCCUUUGAGAAGUUUGCGCGCAUUGCUUGGAGGGAGCAGAUGGGUCCCAUCAUGACCAUACAGGCACUGGAUGCGCUCCAGGAAAGGUCCUCGCGGCGGGUUCCUGGCGACUUUGCCGACUUUGUCAACUAUCUCUUCGGGGAUAUGGCACCUCAGAACCGGCGGGCCUUCACGGCGCUGAUCAAGCUACUUGCUGAUCUCCUGGACGGCUGUGGUAACGACGGUGAUCGAGGCGCCCUGACCAUCGCAUUUGCCGAAUUGCUCGUGGUGGACGGGAAUGCCCACGACUACAUCAACUUGCUAGAUCGUCUAGUCGAGGACUGCGAUCGCAUUUUUGACGACGUCGGAGGAUUUGGUGCUAGCUUCACCCUGCGUGGCUCAGCGUACGAGUCUCUCAACUCGACCACGCGCAGUCACAAGUCCAAUACGGGAUCGAUAACAUCGAACACGUCUUCUCUAAGGCGGAAGCUCGGCUUUGAUACCCUUUUGCGGCAGAACACCAAGACUGACCCGGAACGGCCUUCAAUGUGGCGUACUCUGAGCAAACACCACCGGCACCCUGCAACGGGUGAGAGCAGUAGUCUCUCGAAGGCGUCUGUCAAUAGGUCGAGGUCCAUUGACAUGGGAGUGCAGCCACAAAGCCCCAGCAGGCUCAGACGACCAGGUUCUCGAGAUCGCCCACCUAUCGCUGGUGCAUUUGAAGACAGCCGUCCGCCGAGCUCACACCGGCCGAACAGUUCUCACCGUCUCGAGACCAUUGGGGAGCCCGAGGUUGAACCGCCACCUGAGAAGUCGCUGAAAAAGAAACGGCGCUCUUCGCUGUCGGACCUUAAGUCGCUCAUGGCUGCGGUGAGCAUCGAUGACGGAGAGGAGACACCAAUGCCUCUCCGCAUUACCAAGGGAACAUCCGAGAAGUUCAAUUCCAGCCCCCGCAUUCCAGUGCCAGUGUCCAAAAUUCCUAUCAGCCCCCAACAACAGAGCAUUCGGUCUCCUCGGCAGAACGAAAAUGCCACCUCAGCGACAUCACCGCAGAAGACGCUCGCCUCUCCGCCCACGUUUGAGAAGCCGCGACACGGUAAGACGCUGUCUACUUCCCAAAUCCCGACACUACGGAUCGCGCGCAACCCGACGUCCCAAAGCGGCCCAGACUCUCCGAUACGGCCUUCCACAAGCCCGACAAAGUCGACCAAUCCAAAGCUUCGUCUCCAAUCACCGCAGAAGCUGAGGGAGCGGCUUCAAACCGAGAAGAAGGCUGUCGAAGACGUUGACGCGACCCUCAAGUCGGAACUCUCCCGUAUUGCGGAGGACAUGGCCAAGGUCAACGGCGCGAUGCCGCGGUCCGGAACUACGGAGAUCACCAAGUUGACGGCCAGCGUCAAGGCGCUCGAGGACCGGAUCCCGCAGAUGAUGGCCGAGCUCACGGAGCGGCACGCGGCGAUCCAGCGGGACCUCGAGAGCACGCUCAAGGCCAACGAGGCCAAGGUCAAGGCCAUCGACCAGCUGUUCAAGGAGUCGACGGCGGAGAACGAGCUGCUGUACGAGAAGUUCAACUCGGAGCUGGGCAAGAUCGUCAAGGCGCUCAAGGGCAAGGGCAGGGAUGACAAGGAGGAGCUGGUCAGCAAGCUCAGGGAGCAGUCUGAGGAGACGGCCAAGGCGAAGAAGGAGAACGCCCGGCUGAGGAGGGAGAUGGUUAGUCUGCGGACGAUCUUGAAAGGUGGUGGCGAGUCGGCGGCUUCUUGA